AUGGCCGGCACAGAAACCACAGGCCGAAAGGUUCCCGCCCACGAAACCGUGGAACGGACCAUUCAAGAACUGGAAAACUGCAUCAUGAGACUGUCGACACGUCCGGCCGACUGGAGCGAGGCAGCAAGGAUCGCGAACUGGGUGGAUUUCUGGGCCGGGCAGUACUCUCAUGCAACAUUGCAGAGGAAGAUAUCUCCGGUCUGCGAACGCUGCAUGGAUAUCCAUUACGGUCAAAGGAAGUUGUCGGUGGACUGUGAACCAACCCCAGCCGAGGUCGAAAUUAUCGACGAUUUCAAAGAGGCAUUGGAGAUAGCGAAGGGACUUCCUGAAUCAACGUAG